GUUGGUACGUUAAAUGUCAGCAUAUUAUUUUCUAGAUAAUUCUAUGAUUUUUCAUAAAAAUAUGAUAAUUAGGAUUUUUCUUUCGUUAUUUUGUGUCUUUUUUAUAGCUAAGGCCGAUGAUGAAAUUGAGAUCAAGAGAGGAAUUUUCCCUUUUAUGGCUUAUAUUUACUAUCCAGAUGAGACUGUACUUGAUCCAUCCGGUAACCGAUUUCUUCGAGGUGCAGUGCUAAUCAAACCUGACUGGCUAGUUACUUCAGGAGUUUCCCUCAAUAGCGACAGCAGGGAGUUUGUCGGAUUCCCGAACAAGACCAUGAUUGCCAGACUUGGAGCCGUCACUAUUGAUUCGAAGUUUACACUGAACGAGGAUGAGUAUGAACAGGAACGGGAGGUAAUACAAAUAGUCCGGCCGUAUAAUCACAGUGCGACACAAUGGUGGCGUACCGACAUAACCCUUAUGAAAACCCUCCUGCCUUUCAACUUCUCUUCUGCUGUGUCUCCUACUAAUUUGAACUUUAAACAAAUCAAUGCUGAGAAAACUUGCAUCAUAUUGAUCUAUGCGAAUAGAGAUGGAAAUUGGACUGACGAUAGAGUUUUGAUGCAACUGCCCGUGGACAUACUGCCACCUUCGCUUGAGAACUGUGGAACCCACUUUUCUUCUGCCACCAUGACGUGUGCAGCUGCCAGUGAUGGCAGCAAGAAUACAAACCCGGAAUUUUGCCAGGGUAAUAGUGGCGGGCCUUUGAUUUGCGAGAAUGGAGUAAUGGGUAUCCAAACUUACAUCGGCAAUGCCUGUAAACAACCUUACCUUUAUCAGCUUAUGUCUGCAUGGAAGACCCUAAUAACUUGUAGUACAAAAGGGAAAUGUGAUGAAAAGGAAUGUACGGAUGUUUGCCUGGUAAAUAACAAGGAUACUAGUGAGGAGUUGGUAAUAUCUCCAGAAACAACUUUAAUUACUAUUUCAUCAGAACCGAUAGAAGAACAAACCGUCAGUUUAAAAGAGACUGUUUCAACUGUACAGGAACGCUUAAUGCCUUUAAUUCCGACCAAAACAGCUAUGAAAGAAGUAACUACAGUAGAAACGGAAACGCAACCGAGUUCUGAAACUACUAUCAUAACAACGAUGACUGAAGACAGUGAAAAGCAAUUAUGGCCUAAAGAAAAAAAUACAAACCGACGUAAGAAUAUAAAUGAAGAGGACACAGAUAAAAUAGAAAGAAAACCUAAUGUAGAAGCUCAACAGCAGGAUGUUCCAAAGAAAGUACGAAGUGCUGCAGUAAGCAAUUUUUGUUAUUUCCAAACUUUGUUUAGUAUUAUUAUAACGUCUUGUUUCAUGUAAUCAACUUUGAUUUGUGAACUAUUUCGUAUUAAAUUUGUUUUUAUUAAUUAUUUUGUACCUUUAUUUUUUUUUAGUAUUCAUAUUAAUACUAUAAUUCAAUUUCAGAUUUUAUUCCAAAUUUAUUCUCUUUG